AUGGCUGGUAAAUCUGCUGAAUUAAAAGUUGGAGAACAUGACGUGGCCAACCAGAAACUAAUAGACGACUUUAUGGUCUCCACAAAUAAAAGGAGAAAGGACCUCCAACAAAAGGAGAAAGAGGCCAAUGAAAAGAUAGAAAACCAGCUAGAGAAGUGGAAAGACAAUCCUAAAAAACAACUCCAGGAGGUAAGGCAAUCUAUUCAAGACUUAAAAGAAAACUUCAAUAAAGAGCUUGCCACCAUUCAGAAAGACCAGCAAGAAGGAAAGGAGAUAAAUAGCAAAGUAAAAAGCCUUAAAAGCAGAAUGGAGGAAGAAGACAGAAUUUCUGAGGGAGAAGAAAAUUUAGACUCCAUAGAGAAAGAACACACAGAUAUUCAUAACAAAACCAAGAAACAUGACAGAUCAUUGCAGGAACUACAAGAUACAAUCAGAAAGUCUAAUUUGAGAAAGAAAUUAUUUGAUACACAAACUGCAUCCUUACAAUGUUUAGAAGGCUCUCAACUUCAGUUUCAACAAAUGGAAUGGAAGAAAAUCCUUUCAACAGAAUCUGUAUCAGAUUUCCGGAUAAAACAAAAGGAGGUGAGAGGAGCCUUCUGGCUGCGCGCGUCCUGGGAGCCGCCGCCGCCGGAGCUGCGGGCCGAGCCGCGGACGGCAGAGGCUUCGCUGCAUGUCCAUGCGUCCCCGAACACAUCUCUGUUGAUCAGAAAUGUGGUGGACGACACCAGGUCUGAAGAUGGUCGUUCUGGCCCUAUAGUUGCUGUGUAUGUUCCACUUGAUUUCUACGAUCAACGUCCAAGAGGAUUUGUCUAUGUUCAAUUUGAGGAUGUUCGUGAUGCUGAAGAUGCUUUCCAUAAUUUGGACAGAAAGUGGAUUUGUGGAUGUCAAAUUGAAAUAGAUUUUGCACAGGGAGAUCGGAAGACACCAAACCAAAUGAAAGCCAAGGAAGGGAGGAAUGUGUACAGCUCUUCACGUUGGGAUGACUAUGACAGAUACAGACGUUCUAGAAGCCGAAGUCAUGAGCAGAGGAGAUCAAGAAGUCCGUCUUUUGAUUACAGCUAUAGAAAAUCUUACAGUCCUAGAAACAGUAAACUGACUGGAAGACCAUGGCGUAGCAGAAGCCAUUCCGACAAUGAUAGAUUCAAACACCGAAAUCCAUCCUUUUCAAGCUCGAAAUCCAAUUCAAGAUCGUGGUCCAAGUCCCAGCCUAAGAAAAAAAUGAAGGCUAAAUCUCGUUCUAGGUCGGCAUCUCACACCAAAACUAGAAGCACCUCUAAAACAGAUUCCAAAACACAUUGUAAAUCUGGCUCAAGAUAUGAAAAGGAAUAGAAAAAAGAACCACCUAGAUCCAAAUCUCAGUCAAGAUCAUAGUCUAGGUCUAGCUCAAGGUCGUGGAUUAGUCCUAAGUCCAGCGGCCACUGA